AUGGCAGCUUCUGAAGUCGACCCGGAAGUAACUGACACCGUCAUGGGGCCGGCUGAGCAGCAACAGAUGUUCAACAUAAUGCUGCACUCGCAGCGUGGCAGGAUGGAUGAGCAGCGGUGCACCUUGAAUCCGUCCCAAAAUCCAAACAAGCAGCUGCAAGGCUUUCAUUACCAGGGACCAGCGCAUCACGGCUCUUCACCACAGAUCUCUGUCAUAGAGAGUACUCCGGACAUGAACAGAAAGACACUGUUGGUUCCACCCAACCAUUUCCCGAUGCCGCCUCGGCAUGACGGCCCAGCAGACCCAGAAGAAAUGCAGAAGAUGGUGAUGAAUAUAGUAAGUCAUGGCCAACGUGGACGCAUGGACGACCAGAGAUGCACCUUCGACCCAAGCAGGAGUGCCCCCAGCACUCCGACGCACACAGACAGGAAACCUGUCGUCUCUGUAGAUAACCCAGAUUCCGAAAAGUUUUUCAAUCUCCUGGCCCACACUCAAGGCCAGCGACUUGAUGACCAAAGGGCCACUCUUCCUUCUUUACCGAAGGCACAGGUCGAAAAUGACGGACCUAGUGCCGAUGGAUCCGGCUACUUGUGCUACAUGGUCUCCAAAGUUCAGGGCUCCAGAAUGGACGAUCAGAGAUGCUCUCUUCCUCAAAUCCUGCCCACUGACAGCCACCUCUCAACUAACCAUCAUUCUGGAUCUGGCGUUACUCGGUCGGCCUCCUUCAGUCCUGGUUCUGAUUUAAAAAGCAAAGAUGAUACGUCUCCGAAAAGGGCUUUGACCCCAUCCGAAGAGAAGGACUUUUUGUCCAUUAUGAGUCAGACUCAGAGAGGGCGAAUGGAGGAGCAGAGAUGUGUGUUAAGUCCGAAGCCUAAACCCAAACAGAAUUCCAAUCAAGGCACCGGUUCUGAAGGAGUACAAAAUGGAGGCUCAUCAAGUGCCAUGGAGAAAGACGCAAGCUACCUCUGCUACAUGGUGUCCAAAGUACAGGGGUCAAGAAUGGAUGAGCAGAGAUGUUCUGCACCUCAUAUUCUGGAGAAUCUCUGUACACCAUCAGCUCAGCGCAAGGAGACGUCUGAUAAACUGAAGUUUGACCACCUAAAACAUGCCAAAAGUAGUCAAGACCUGCAGGAGCUGUCCCCUGUUGAGAAGGACAGAUUCUAUGAAAUGAUAAGCCACGCUCAAAGUCGACGGAUGGAAGACCAGCGCUGCUCCUUGCCACCCAGCAGCAGCACACCUGCCACCCCGACACACCACGGAAGUGCUGUAAAUAACGCGCUGACGGGUGCGGACGCUGAUGCAUUCUUCAAAGCAAUAGCGACCAGCCAGGCUCGACGGCUGGACGACCAGCGGGUCGCGCUCCCCUCCCUCCCUGGAAUAUCCCGGGAGUCUCUAAGAAAAAAAAGUACCUCAACCCCAAAAAUCACAGUGGCUGGAAGUACACCAACAACAUCCAGGAGGAACUGCUCCGCAUCCAGCGCUGCGGCACAAAUGCCCGACGGUGGCUCGCCCAGGGGACUGCCCAAGUCUGCGUCAUUCAGCCCAGGAACUGAAUAUCAGAAGGCGCAAAACUCUCCUGCACAGGUCACAGUGAGAGUGUCGAUGAGCUUCACACCACAGAUGGCACAUAAGGCCUUUGACCAACCAGGCACAUUCCCUGAGGUCUUCCUCACCCUCGGGGCUCCUGGGGACAAUCUGGUGAUCCCUCUGAGCCCCGCCGCCGGGAGACCCCUAUCGCUGAACCUUAACCUUGUUCCUAAAGAAGGUUACCGCUCAGGACAGUGCUCUCCUUGCCACACCAGUCCCAGACGAGCGCGCUCAAGGCCGUCGUCUCCAAAGCCAGGAUGCGCCACAAGGACCCAUGCCAUCACCCCAGAUGAGAACUGUUUCUCCUUAAUAGAGAAGGUUCAUGCAUCCCAGCUGGACAAAGGGGGGCGUCACAAUAUGAAAGGGGAUCAUGGGAAGGGAAAGGGACGGACUGAUCAGGGGAAGGGGAAGGGAGGUGGAAAGAAGGAGAAGAAGAACGGUGGCCAUAAACAUUAA